UAUGUUUAUCAUCAUUCUUCCUCCUUGUCCCUCUCUCCCCUUUUAUCCAUUGGAUCAUUUUUGUCAACAAAGCUUUCUAUAUAUACACACAAACACAAAACACAAAACUCUCACCUCCAAAUUCCAAAAACAAACAAACAAAAAUUAUGUCUCCAUCAAGUAUUACUCCUUCGAGAUGGUGUCCAACACCAGAACAAGUGAUGAUUUUGGAAGAGAUUUAUAGAAAUGGGCUUAAAACUCCUAACGCCACUCAAAUUCAACAUAUUACUUCUCAUCUUUCUUUCUAUGGUAAAAUUGAAGGCAAAAAUGUUUUCUAUUGGUUCCAAAAUCACAAGGCUAGAGAUCGCCAAAAGCUUAGGAGGAAACUCUAUAAGCAGCUUCAACAACAUCAUUUCUUUAUGAAACGACAACGUUUUGAUGAUCAUCAACAUGACCAUCAUCACUUCUUUCAAUAUUUCCUUCCUCACCAUGUUCCCCAACUACUCCCACAGCUUCCUUCUCCCUCUUCUCUUCAGAGGGAGGUGGGUGAAGAGGAGGCAGCGACGGAAGUGGAGGGUGGUGGAGGGAGGAGGUGGAUGGGAGGCGAUGAGGGAACGACGGUGGAGGAGGAAGAUGGAGAAACAACAUGUGGCAAUGGAACUUUAAGGACGUUGGAGUUGUUUCCGGUGAGAGCAAGUUGGGUGAAGGAGGAAGAAGGGACGAGUGGAAACGGUGGAUGGGGAAAUUAAUGGAAAAUAAAUAAAUAAAUUUAAAAAAAAUAGAAAAUAUAUUCAAGGAAAAAAUAGGGUAGGGUCAGGCGUAGGGUAAGUAGUAAUUAGGGUUUUAAAAUUAGGUGUGUCAUAAUAAUUAUUAUUGUAAAAAUUUAGAAGAAGAAAAAUCUGAUUUCUCGUUUCACUUUUUCCAUUAUUUCAACAAAUCUCUCUCUCCAUUGUGUCUUUCUUAUCUGUUUGUGUGUACUUCAAAUCAUAUUAAAUUCUUGUUGGCAUGUUCAUAUUUUUAUGGUUAUCGAA